UUAUUUCGGAAUACUGCAUCAAGCUGUACUCAAUGAUGUGUUUUCGAGCAGUUUGAACAGAUAAUUUAUCUGCCUUGGCAUUCCAUCAAAGUGCAUAUUGAAGAAAUUCUACAAUAAACUUCGCAGAAGAACAGAUUGCAGAGAGAGUCAGGGGAUUUUUGUGUGGAGCUAUUUCUUGUUAAUUCGCAUUCAGUACCACUCAGUAUACAUAAACUGGCGAGCGACCAAUCAAAUUGCUCGCUUAGAAACCUCAACUCUGUAUGGGAUUCCAUCUGUAUUCUGGUUAUCUUUCAAGUGAUAAAGCGAAUUCAAGUCACCUGCUAGCCAAGGUUAAUUGCCUCUUGUUUGCUUGGUGAAUCGCCAUGACAAACGCUUCUUAAAAUCGUCAAGCAGUAUAAGCGAAUAACGGUGAAGCAGCAAUAGCAACGAAAUGGCAAACGUCUUCUUGAGAACGAGUUCCUUAAAACGCAGGAUUUAAUCCGCAUGAGGAUUGUUUCUUUACAGACUAUUAUUAAACACAGAUGUCCUUUACGAAUAAAAUUGCUUAGCCAACACAAGUAGUUUAGCUAGCUGCCUUACUCAUGCAUAGUUAGCCACUCCAAAUUAACCAGAAAAUUCAAUUGUUGCGCGGUGGAAUUUCGUCUCAAGGAUACUAGCAGAAGGAAGUAGACGCUGAAGACGCCUGCUUUAAGCAGCUAAAGUUAUGGUUAUUGAUCAAAAAUAAGACAGGAAUAGACGGAUCUGCCUGAAGAUAGAAGACUUGACUCUUCUCUGGCUGGAAUAGAAGAUGUUCUACAAUGUGUCAAAAGGAAGGCACUCAGCAACUGAUGAAGGUCGGGAAAGUAGAAUUAGUCGGUCGGAUGGAAGGGGGAGUCGAUUAGAAUCCGAUGGCAGCCGGCGCAGCAGGACUCCAAGUACGUUGAGGGCUGGGUACGCUGAUGGGGAGAAUGAAGAGGGCAUACCGUUCGAAGAAGCUUUGGAAGAGGAAGAAUUGGAUGAAUAUAUUUAUGUACCGCAAUGUAUGCUUGGAAAACCAUUAAAGGAUUUUGAUAGUGGGCAGGAGAAUACUUUCGUGGCUGUGAAUAACAAGCUUGGAAAGCAAACUGUAUACAGAUUUUCCAAAGACAAGUCAUUAUUCUGCUUUGGAACUGAAAGCCCAGUGCGAAAGAUUACUGUUUACAUUGUAACUCAUCAACUUUUUGAAAUAUUUAUUUUACUAACUAUAAUAACGAAUUGUGUCUUCAUGGCAUUGUCAGACCCACCAAAGGAGGCUGAGUAUGUGUUCGCUGUAAUUUACACCUUCGAAGUGACAGUUAAAGUUUUGGCAAAAGGAUUUAUACUACAUAAAUAUUCUUAUUUACGGAAUUCAUGGAAUUGGCUCGACUUCUUUGUCGUUAUUGUAGGAUAUGUAACAAUGAUACCCGAGAUGGAAGAUUACAGCGGUGUAAAAACGUUUCGAGUUCUGAGAGCGUUAAAGACUAUAUCAACAGUAAAGGGAUUAAAAGCAAUGGUGAAUACACUGUUAAAAUCAAUGCGGAUGAUGACAGACGUCCUAAUACUGACGCUGUUUUUCAUUGCAAUUUUUGCCCUUAUUGGGCUCCAGUUAUUUACUGGCCGUUUGCAGUCAAGAUGUGUGCGAACCGGGCCGGGUAUACCAACAUUUAACCAAGACUUCUAUAAAAACAAAAGUAAUUGGUAUCAGCCUCAGAUAGGAGGUGUUAUUUGUGGAAAUGCAUCUACAGCUUGGAAUUGCAUACAAGGCUAUGUUUGUGUUGCUGAAGCCGGGCCUAACCCAAAGUUUGGAUAUAUAGGUUAUGACAAUUUCGUUCUUGCUAUGCUGACAUCCCUGCAAGUGUGUACACUAGAUUACUGGGAAAGCGUUUAUGAUAGUGUGAUAGCUGCCAUGGGCGAGCCGUACAUGAUCUAUUUCUUACUAGCUGUUUUCUUAGGCCCAUUUUAUCUGCUGAAUUUAGUUCUUGCCGUGGUCAGUGCCUCCUACGAGCAAGAAGUCAAUGGGGAUCCUGAUCUUGAACGUGAGAACGAACGGCUGGAGGACAUGCGUAGAAGCGCCUCGACGUAUUCUUUUGAUGGGAGGCACGUAGCAGAGUUACUCCAUGGAACCUCCCCAGUUGUUGAAAUUGACGGUGAAAAGCAGUACAAUAUUGACAACCUUCCAAAGAGUCUAAAGAAAAACCAAGAGGAGUUUAUGCAGACUGAAAUAGGUCCACCGGAACUUGGGGAAAACCCAUCGUGCAUACUUAAAAUUCGUGUAAAGAUGUACAUCUUUGUUGGAAGUACAAUAUUUGAAGGAUUUAUUACUGCAUGCAUCAUGCUGAAUACUAUAGCAAUGGCGACCGAACAUUAUAAACAGCCAAAAAUUAUGGAUAUCAUUUCAAACACAUUAAACUAUAUUUUCACUGCCAUUUUCGUACUUGAAAUGAUAUUCAAACUGAUUGCAUUGACACCAAGAGGCUACGCAAGAAACAACUGGAAUCUGUUCGAUGGUUUCCUCGUUGUAGCAAGCUUACUUGACCUGGUUCUUUCUGAAUCACAACUCGUUGCAGGCAGUGGACUCAGUGUUAUGAGAGUGUUUCGAUUGUUGCGUGUAUUGAAGCUGGCUCAGUCAUGGAAGACAAUGGGACAACUAUUGAGCACAAUAGGAAACAGCAUAGGAGCACUUGGGAAUAUAACGGUCAUCCUUUGUAUCAUAAUUUAUAUAUUUGCUGUCGUUGGUAUGCAGCUUUUCGGAAGCAAGUACACAGAACAAGUCUUCGGUGGCAAUAUACCAAGAUACAAUUUCAAAAAUUUUGGCAACUCUUUCAUGAUGAUUUUCAGAAUUCUCUGUGGCAAGUGGAUUGAACCUCAAUGGGAUUUGCUCAGAGCAACUAGUCCCGCGUCCUUUAUCUUCAUCUUUAUCGUCUUUGUCAUCGGUCGCUGGGUGGUACUGAAUUUGUUCCUUGCCUUGCUGCUGAGCUCAUUUGGUGGUGAUGCAUUAAAAGGAAAUGAAGAUGACGAAGAGGGCAAAGAAAUGAAGAAGACAAGAUUGCAGAGAUUGAUUGAAUGGACCAAAAGUAAACGAAAAAGGAAAUCAAAGGACGAAACACAGAAUAAAGCUGAUGCAAACAUGAAUGGAGAGCAUCAAACUGCAGAGGUCCUAAUGGCGAGUGACUUCAACGGGGUAAACGGAAAGGCAAAUCCUAAGAAUGGACUUUUCAUAGAAAUGAACCAAAGGAACCAAAUAAAUGGACACUCAAAUGGAAAUGUCAUUCCAGCAAAUGGAAGGCUUGGGAAUGGAAACGAUCUAAAACCGCCUCCACUUAUCAGUCAUGACAGUGACAACUCAUUGCUUCAAACUCGAAAUGGAAAUCUUCAAGGUAUGGCAGAUCGGAGAUUUUCUGGAUCUGGCGUGACCGAAUUGGCGAUUCAGGGCAAAUUAGAUGAUAAUGGGAGCGAGAAGGCGGGAAAAGAACAACCUAGAGGUCAUUCCUCGUCGUCGGUGAAAAUUGAAAUUCACAGGGAAAGGACGUACAUAGAUGACUGUUUCUGCUUAUGCUGCUAUGCGUGCAACUGCUGCUAUACAAGCUACCUUGACUCACCACCACGCCGCUUAUGGCACAAUAUUCGAUACUACUGCAAAUUCAUUGUUGAAAACAAGUACUUCGAGUUUCUCAUCCUCUUUUUGAUUGCCUUCAGCAGCCUCACUUUGGUAUUUGAAGAUAUCAACUUAUCAAAAAGAAGAACAUUGAGCGUAUUUCUGGAUUAUUGCAACUUUUUCUUCGCCAUCAUCUUCACACUUGAGUUUCUCAUCAAAUUCAUUGGCUUUGGGUGUAUAAAAUAUUUUACAAACCUUUGGAAUUUGUUGGACUUUUUCAUUGUCGUGAUCUCACUGGCAUCGCUAUUUGGCAAUCCUAAUUUGAAUGCAUUGAGAUCCCUUCGUGCUCUUAGACCAUUGAGAGCUAUUUCAAGAUUCGAAGGAAUGAAGAUCGUGGUGAACUCGCUGGUCCAUUCAAUACCAUCGAUAGCUAAUGUGUUGCUUGUCUGUGGAGUUUUUUGGCUUAUAUUCAGUGUCAUGGGCUUUACGCUGUUUGGUGGAAAAUUCUUUCGAUGUGUGGAUAAAGAUGAAAACCAGCUAAGUUAUGAGGUGAUAGAAGACAAGGCAUCGUGUUUAAACAAUACAAACGUGACAGGGUACCGUUGGGUAAACAAGAAUAUCAACUUUGAUAAUGCUGCGAUCGGGUUUCUGGCCCUUUUUCAAACGGCAACUUUGGAAGGAUGGUUUGAAGUUAUGCAGGACGCAUAUGACAGUAGAGAACAAAAUUUGCAGCCGAAGCCAAUGAAUAACUUCUUUACACAACUUUACUUUGUCGUCUUCAUAAUUCUUGGCGCAUUCUUCAUUCUCAAUUUGUUCAUCGGAGUCAUCAUUGACAAUUUCAAUCGACUGAAGCAGCAAUACGAGGAUGGUAUUGGGAUAUUGCUGACUGCCGGUCAGCGAAACUGGAUUAAUACUUUGAAAUCAGCAGCCGAUAAAAAACCGACCAGAAGAUUGACAAGGCCAACGUCGAAAUGGCGAGGAACCCUGUUCGAUUUCACAACAACGAAACAAUUUGAGCUGUUUAUCAUGUCUGUGAUUAUCGCAAACAUGCUCACGAUGAUGAUACAGCACCAUGGCCAGUCAGAUGAAGUUACAAUCGCACUUGAUUAUCUCAACUACCUUUUCACUGGAAUUUUCACGAUUGAGGCAAUCAUUCGAUUGGUCGCGAUGAGAUUAGAGUACUUCAAGUCUUUCAUGAACGUUUUCGAUUUUAUUGUUGUUGUAUUCUCAGUUGGAGUGAUUUUAUGGGAAAAAUUAAAGUCAGGAAAUGAAGAGCUUUACUUCUCGCCAGGGCUUCUUCGUGUUAUUCGAGUGUUUCGCUUAGGCCGUCUGCUCCGAUUUUUUGACAGCGCUAAAGGAAUUCGCCAGCUUCUUUUCACAAUCGUCAAAUCCGCCCCUGCCUUGCUAAAUAUAGGAACGUUGUUGUUCCUUGUGAUGUUUAUUUACGCAAUUAUGGGAAUGAAUUUCUUCAUGUACAUCAAAGAAACGGGGUCGUUUAACCAAAUCGUCAAUUUCAAAACAUUCGGAAGCAGUAUGUGCUUACUAUUCCGAAUUGCAACAGCCGCCGGCUGGAAUGGUGUAUUGGAGGCAACUAUGGUGAAACCGCCUUUAUGUGAUAAAACACCGAGACCGGAGUAUAACAACAAUCAUAAUUGUGGAUCGCCAACACUUGCAAUAUUUUUCUUCGUAUCUUAUAUAACAGCAAUUGUGUUGAUUAUGAUAAACAUGUACAUCGCGGUUAUACUUGAGAAUUUCAACCAAGCCCAGUCCCAAGACGAGGCUGGCAUUACGGAAGACGACCUUGAGGCUUUCUACUCCGUUUGGGAACAAUUCGACCCAAAAGCUACACAAUUCAUCAAAUAUUACCAGUUGCCUGACUUUCUGGAUGCACUAGAUGGCCCUUUGCGAGUACCAAAACCUAAUUACUGGUUUCUUGAGGAGAAUGAGAUUCCAGUGAAAGACAGACAUAAAGUCCAUUGCUUGGACAUUAUGGCCAGCCUUAUCAAAAGGGCCAUUGGAGAAGUAGAAGGAGGGGAGUCUCAGGACUUUUUGUCCGUUAUGACAAAAGUAGAGGAAAGAUUCCGUGCCUCUUUCCCGACUCGAAGUAAAGAAACAACUAAAAUAACAACAGCAGAAAGACUGAAAAUCGAGAACGCUGCGGCUCGCAGAAUACAGAAGGUGUUCCGGAGGCAUCUUCUAAUAACACAAAUCAAGCAGAUGAGUAGCAGUAAAAACAUGACGUUGAGAGCGCGUGAACGAAAUCAAGAACAAGUUGAGCAUUUGAUUACCAUAUUAUGGAAAAACCAAGCUGGCAAAAAUAGCACAGAUGGUAAUGACUCAGAUGAGAGCGAUGCAGAUGAGUCACCACGGAAACAGUAAAUUGUUACGUAAAUAUUGCUGUAAGCAAAUGGCAUACGAUCGUCAUGCUCAGCAUUGUCGUGCUGCAAUGUUUCAAAAUAUUGAGUUCGUUGUCGCUAGAACUCCGAGACCUGGCUCAACACGCAAACGUACCUAGUUGUUUUGUUCCUCAAUUACAGACAAUGAGCAACUGGUCCGAGUCAGUUACCAUCUCAAUUGUAAAUUCAGUAUUUAUUGGCAUAGCUUGGAUUAUUAGCAGCAAUUCAUCAAUGAAUAUUGAGUAAUGCACCCUUGAAAUGGACUUUGGCUACCCACCGGAGCUUAAUUUGUAAAAUAUUGAAAAUUAUGAUUCACUGAGGAUUACGUAUUUCAAAUUAUGUCGUUAUGAUACAAAAGGAAACAGCAAAAUUCCGUAAUUUUUGAAUAUUGAAGGAAUCAGGUACAAACAAUUACAUGGAUUGAAGCAAUAGUUAUACUGAAGUAAAAACUACCUGAAAGAAGGUGAGAGGUGCUGCCGUGAAAUGAAUAUUGAAGCAAUUAAAGACCAUUUGGAAUGUUAAGUUUCAUUUCAAAUCAAUAGAAAUGCAAGUUGAGGUUUCAGAAAUAUAUAAAUGUAUAACAAGGUAUAUUUUGUAGCAGUUAAUUUUUUAAUCUUCAAUUUCGAAAUUUUUUUAAAAUCAAUUCUAUUUGAAAAAGUUUCUCUGAAAACACGAAAUAGUUUAGUUAUAUUGGCAUCGAGAGAGCAGUAUCAGGGCCAAAUGUCUGUGUAAUAAAAAUGAUACAAACGUUUGUUUAAUAUGGCAAAGUGGUACUACAAAGAGCCAAUUAUGAUGUUCGAUUGCAUUCCAGUUUAGCAGACAAACCAAACAUAACCCAUCUUGCUAUUAAUCAAAAUUAGCUCUUCUCUUGCAUUAUAAUAUCACACAUAACUGAUAGAUUAUCGUCCAACACUGAUAAAAUAUCGCCCUUAACUGACAUAAAUAUCGCCCAACAUUGAUAGAAUAUCGCCCUUAACUGAUACCAAAAAUCGUCCGGCACUUGAAAAAAUAUUGCCCAACACUGAUAUAAAUAUCGACCUUAACUUAUAAAAAUAUCGCCCAACGAUGAUAGAUUAUCGCCCUUCACUGAUACAAAAAAUCGUCCGGCACUGGAAAAAAUAUCACCCAGUACUGAUAUAAAUAUCACCCAACACUGAUAUAAAUAUCGACCUUAACUGAGAUAAAUAUCGUUCAACACACAUAGAAAUAUCGACCUUAACUGACAUAAAUAUCGCCCAACACAGGUAGAAUAUUGCCCUUAACUAGGACCAAAAUUUCCUACACUGGAAUAAAUAUCGCCCAACACCGAUAAAGAACGCCCAACAUUGAUACAAAAUUUCCCUAUACUGGUAUAAAAUCAACUAACACUGAUGUAAAUAUCACCCUACAUUGUCAAGAAUAUCGACCAACACAGAUAAAACAAUGCCCAACAAUGAUACAAAAUCGCCCUACACUCGCAUAAUUACCACAGAACACUAAUAUAGAUAUCGCCCUACACUGGUAUAAAUAUCACCCAACACUGAUAUAAGUAUCACCACACAUUGAAAUAAAUAUCGCUUCAAUGAUAACUUGAAAUAACGGCAUUCCAUAAAAUAAGCUCGAAUAGAAAUUAAAAUCUUCCCAAAGAGCUCUUGCCUCUUAGUUGCACGUGUAAUUGAUAACGGAGAAGAGCCUUGGAAGGUCGUUCAUUAGCAUGUUUAAAGUGUUGAUCAAAUUCGUAAUCUAUUUCGAUAAAACAUUUCUUUAGUAUUGAUUCGAUUCAUAGCUAGGGAGUUGGCAGAAAUUUAUUUAACAAACUUGAUUACAAAAUCGUUAAUUAGAUAAAUGAAUCGUUAAAUUUUUAAGAUACUCAAUAUUUCAGCAUUUGUCCUGAUGAUUUCAAAAUAUUAUGCGCAAUUUUGGACCUAAAAUGCUGGAAAUUCUAUAGGAAUUUAUUGAUAAAUAAUAAAGUACUGUCGCUAUACGUCGGUAAAUACCAUCAGCCUGCAGAAUGGGUUAUGCCCAUUGCAAUACACGUAUUUUUUUAAGCUAAUAUUGCCAACAUCUGAGAUUGAACUUCUUUCUCUUUGACUGUAAGCAAACACGUUAGAUUUAUAUUAAACGUAAAACUACCAGCUAUCAAAAUGUACUUUAUAUUAUCUCAAUGUAUUCUUGCCUCACAAUUCUACUGCCAGUUAAUAUUUUCUCUGUAACAAUCAAAUUAAUAGUCGAUUCUA